UAUACUUAUGACGUCGUUUCGAAUCCGAUCCGAAGUCAUUUGGUGGCGUAUUCGCGCACAUUCCAAUCCGUAUGUGAGUCACGCCCGCGGCAACCGUUUGUGCUGUGGAGUCAUUAUUGUUGGUGCGUUGAGAGAAUACAAAGUCGCAAGGCGAAGUACAUCAAUGUGUCGAAUUGUGUUGAUGAAGUGAUAGCCAAAUUUCUCGUUCUUCUAGUGGCGUUUUCGGCACCUACGGAAGCCGAUCUGGGAGGCGUUACCCUGCACAGGAUGUAAGACAAUGCACUGAUUACACACGCCAAAACGUACUUGAACGGCAUCGGCCCAAAGCCAAAGUUAGCGAAAGCAUUGCUCAGGUUAGUGUAGACACGUUCGCAGUUUUGACAAACUUGUUGCUCUCGGCGAGCAUGCCGAUACGCUGCGCACGUCUUUAGCGUCGAUAUCGGCAUGGAAAAUUGUCACCGACUGCUUAGCGAACUUGUCUACUGGUGCUGAGUUGCUAACUAAAGCUAUUACAAUCGAUUUUGUGAUUUAUAUUGGUAGUUAGAGUACAGAGGUAGUCGACAUGUAUGCAGAUUAUAUAGUUUCCCGGAUGACAUGUUGGGCCAUAAAGGGAGAGGCAGCAACACUGGCCAGACCAAGACGAGGACAGCGUGUAACAUACCAUUGCAAAUGCAAAAAAAAGGAUGUUUGUUGGCUAAGAUGUGCCCUUGUGUCCGAAGUGGUGUUUCUUGCCACAGCAAAGGCCAUCAUGGCAGGCACUGCAAGAAUGGAACAUCUCAGUCACCGUGUGCAACAAGUGUACAAACCAAACAAAAGCAAGGAAAAGCAUGUAUUUCUGCAACAUCUGCAUUCUUUAAAACUCCAUCAAGUACUUGUACAACUUCUGUCUCCACUACAACACCUGGGUUCACUACUGCGUGUGUCUCCAAUGAUACAUUCGUGCCUAGUCCUACUACAGCUGUCUGCACAACAACAACAAUCCAAUCUAAUACAUGUACAUUAGUUUAAUCAAGUCAACCAUCGACAUCACUCGUCCACUAUCCUAGAGGCACUCAACCCAGAAUUGCAUCAUUCUUUAACAUUAGGACGCACAAAACUACAUUGUUUGUCUCUUCCAUAACUCAGCCAAAUACAUCACUUGUCCUCAAACGAGCAACGCAACCAAAACAAGAAUCUGUCAGUGCAAGCAACUAUAUCAUCAUUCUUCAAAGACCCAUCACAAUUCCACCAAGUAGUAUGUCAUCUACUAAGCAAGAGUUACCAGUAAAGUCGUACAGUGGCUGCAAAUGCAGAAACUGUGGAGUUACGAAGAAAUGUCCAUGCCGACAAGAAGGAAAUGUUUGUACACCUUCUUGUUGUAGAAGAUUCUGUCUGAAUUGCCCUGGGCAUGCACCCUUUGUGUCAUUGGCAGUCAGUGACUUCCAACAGGACAGCAUUAGUCUACCAAGCCGACAACAGUGGUUGCCUGAUUUGCAGCUGUGUGUGAAAGAACGCAAGGAGCUGAUAAACAACCAGUGUCUCACCAAUGCACACAUUCAGCAGCCCAAAGUUACUCAAGAAGCAGUUUCCCAAUGUGGAUGGCCUGUAUUCUCCUUUGGUUGGAACAAGCAUAAUUGGAUUUGAUUCAGUUACUAAUAGUGCUGUACAAAUCCACAACGUUAAUUCAUCACACUGACUAAUGUCUACAGCUGGCAUUUUGUCUAGGAACUGUGUCGAUGUAUUUGACAGCUUGGCAGGGGACACUCUUGAUAUUUCAUUGACACGCCAGCUAGCAGACAUGUACAAGACAUUGGCGGAUGAGGAUGGAGCAGUAAAGGUUAUAAGAAAGCCUGUUCAGCAGCAGCACACAGGAAAAGAAAACUGUGGGCCAUUUGAAAUUGCUUUUGCAGCAACUGUUUGCAGUGGCCUUGACCCCAGUGCUUGUGCUUUCUUUGAGUGCGCUCUCCAUCAACACAUAUGUGAAGGGUUUGAGACUGGCACAAUACGGCUCUUUCCACAAGGUCUACCUUCAAUGAAACGGGCAAAAGAGAUGAAAACCUAUGUUAGCAUUCACUGCAAUUGCUAUGAACACAUGUCAGGUUCUGAAAUGGUGCAGUGCAAUGGACAUCAGAGGUGGUAUCAUUUCAAUUGUAUAAAUUGUCACGGUAAGGCAAGAGACAAGAUUUUGCAGCAAGAGUCACCACUGCAAUUCCAGCCAUUGACAUUGAGCUAAUGAGAGAGAUUAUUUCUGAGCAAAACAGUCAGUGUAUCUUGGUCUUUGUGUAGUAGUAGUAGUAGUAGUAGUAGUAGUAGUAGUAGUUGUUGUUGUUGUUGUUGUUGUGUGCAUAUGUCUGCAUGUUUAAAUAAUGUCAUCUGGGUUUCAAGGUACUUGACCUUGUAUCUGUUCAUCAGAAAGCUAGUUAAAUAGUAAAUGCAAAGCUGAAGAGUUCUUAACCUGAUACAUCAGACUUGACAGCAUGUAGUUAUAUUUGGCAGGAACCCUGCCUUUAAUAAACAUGAGUUUAUUGAAAAUUUCUGAUUGUACAAACAUGUCGUGUAUGGACUACUCAAUUUGUUAAUGACUAGUAAAUUAUAUAACCAGUUUCCUCUAUUUUGUUCAUUAUAACCUAAUCAUCACUCCCAAAACCCAUCAACAUGAUUAGAGAGGACUCUGGUUCAAAACCAUUCUCCAUUGAAUUGCCAUAACGAAUUGGAAGUUGUUCAUUUAGUCUUGAAACAAG